UCUAAUAAUUGGUCCGGAUCCGUACUCUCCCUCUCAUUUUGCCUCAAUUUAUAGAGUCCAUGGCUCUCAUCAAAUUGAUGCACAGACAAAGAUGGCUACAAAUCCCAGCAGCAGCGAGACCGAGACGAUAAUUAGCUUGAAGCUUCUCGUAGACAAAAGCUCAAACAAGGUGGUGUUUGCAGAGUCCGGAAAGGAAUUCGUGGACUUCCUCUUCGGACUUCUACAGGUACCUCUCGGUUCCAUCAUCGCACUUCUUCGGGAUAAUGACUUGGCACCUGGGUCAGGGUCCCUAGGAAGAGUCUAUGAGAGUAUCGAAAACCUUGACCCCUCCUAUCUUCUUCCAAACCAAACCAAGGGUUCUCUCUUGAACCCUAAACCAGCAUUCCAAUCUUCAAGUCUUACCCCUCCAUUGCUGCAAAAUUUCGUUUCACCUGACCAAGAGAUCAGGACUGAGUCCGUUGUGUAUUACGUGAGUCCCCUAGAUGGGCUUUUUGGUGAUCUGCCACGAACUAGCCGCCGCGCCAAAGGAAUUCCAAACAAUACUGAGAAAGGGUAUGUUAGAGGUGUGGUGACAUACAUGGUUAUGGAUGAUUUGACGGUGAAACCCAUGUCAACCAUUUCUAGCACUGCCCUUCUGAUCAACACUUUAAACAUCAAAGACAUGGGUUCUGUCCAGGAGAAGAAGGUGGAGAUUGACAUUAAGAAGGGCUUGGAGCUGCUAAAGGUUUCACUCUAUUCCACCACAGUCUUGACAGACGUUUUCCUUGGGCACAGGGAUCUUUAGUAUUUAGUAAUCUUUCAAGCCAAUUCGAAGAAACAUGACUAUUUAGUAUGGGUAUGUGUGUAAAAGUAUUUUGCAAGGGAAGUUCUUCAUCCAUGAUUUAAAUGGUUUUAGGAAGAAAAAUAAGAAUUUCUGGGUUGUGUGUAUGUAACUAGAUCUGGGUUUUAGUAAAGAUCAGAGCUAUGUAUUUCCUUUGAUUCUCCUUAUGGUUAAUCAUUCUGGUAAUUCUUUUU